AUGGAUCUUGACGACGAUGCCCCUCCGGAGUUGGUGGAGGUUAGUGGUGGGAUAAAGGAUUCAGAUGAGGGCCCCAAUGUGAAAGUGCCCAUCACCAUUGUCACAGGCUAUCUCGGUGCCGGAAAGACGACGUUACUCAAUUAUAUCCUUACGGCACAGCAUGGCAAGAAGAUUGCCGUCAUCAUGAACGAGUUUGGAGAUUCUGUCGACAUUGAAAAGUCUCUCACGGUCAGCCAAGGCGACAACAGGGUAGAAGAGUGGCUUGAGGUCGGGAACGGCUGCCUAUGCUGUUCUGUCAAAGAUACUGGCGUGAAUGCCAUCGAAAGCCUCAUGGAAAAGAAGGGGGCAUUUGACUACAUUCUGCUCGAAACAACUGGGCUAGCAGACCCUGGGAACAUUGCUCCUCUGUUCUGGGUCGACGACGGCCUUGGCAGUACAAUUUAUCUCGACGGAGUGGUUACUCUGGUGGAUGCGAAGAAUAUCCUCCAAAGCCUUGACGACCCAAAAGGCAAGAUCGAAGAUCAUAACGAGCAUGAUCAUCAUGGCCCAUUGAUGACGACGGCUCACGUACAGAUAUCGCACGCAGAUGUCAUUGUCCUCAACAAGGCCGACUUGGUUAGCGAGGAUCAUCUGAGGAUAGUCAGGGAACGGAUCGAGUCUAUCAAUGGAGCCGCAAGAAUUCAUGUGACGGAAAGGAGCGUCGUUCCCCAGCUUGAGGGGUUUCUCCUAGACCUUCAUGCAUAUGACCAGUUCAACGUUGCUGAGGCCAAAAGCAAAGGCCACAGCCAUUUGGAUCCUACAAUAUCCACUGUUGCCAUUCCGGUACCAGCGCUUCGCCCGGAGCAGCUGCAGGACGUCGAUCGAUGGCUCCGGACGGUGCUUUGGGACCACAAGCUACCAGAUACCGAGACUGCUGCUGAAUUCGAGAUCCACCGGUCAAAGGGCCGACUCGUAUUUGACAACGGUGACGUGAAGCUUCUGCAGGGCGUGAGGGAGAUAUUCGAGCUCAUUGAGGCUCCUGAUGGCGCAGACGUUUCAUCGACGGAGGGUAAAAUCAUUUUGAUUGGCAGAGGAGUGAAGGAUGUAGACUUUGAGUCGAAUCUUAGACGAUUGAUAACAUGA